AGCAUUUGCCACUCGAGCUGCGGUCCGGUUUUGCUGUCACUAGAAACCCUUGCGCCAUGGCAUUGGUCUUCAGCCUCUUCCUGUUGCCAGUGGCUGCACAAUACUCUGAAGAUCCUGGUAGCAAAUUUCCUACUCCAACGGUGGAAAGCAAUUGCUUGCAAGAUAACUUGGCCGACAAUCAAGUGUACUACCAGAAGGUGGACCAAAUGUUCAAUGGCUCGUCGAACGCAAUUUGUCCCAACACCUUGGGCCUCUACGUGAAUCAGCCGUGCACUUGGGCUGCUGGCAGGGCCACCAUGACCGUGGCACCGGUGAUCAAUCAAUGCCAUUGGGCCAUCCGCAACUUCCAUUGGCAUGACAGCUCUGAUGAGUGGAGUUACAUGGUUCAAGGUGUGAUGCAGGUGUAUUUGACUUCUCCCUCAGGUGUACCUUGGCAAUCUGCAGUGAACACAAUUGGUGCUGGUGGAGUUUGGUUCUUCCCCAGGGGUUGGCCACAUGCUUUCGUUUGCGUCUCUGAAGAGGGGUGUAAUUAUGUGCUGACCUUCAAUGGCCCCCAGUCAGUGGCGGUAAAUGACCACAUGAUUGCAGAGAGCUAUGCACAGUUGCCAGAUAAGAUCGCAGCUUAUUCCAUGGGGAUGAGCAUGGGCGAGUGGGCCACUGCAAAGCCGAAGAUGUCUGCCGACACUGGUACAUUCUUUGCAAAGGUGGAUUCUGCCAAGUUCAAGUGGCUGCCAGAAGAGAAUGCAGAACCAGCCGCAGUGAACCGUAGUGAUGUGGAAGUGGAGGAUACACGUCCAGGUCUUGGAAAAGGAAUUCAGGUCUGGAACAUUCGAACGGCUCAGUUCCCCUUUGCCACCAGGAUGUCUCAACAGCGCAUUGUCUUCCAGCCCGGAGGAUUCCGUUCCCUUGUGUGGAUCACCAAUGCGGCAGCCAUCAUGACCGUGAUCUCUGGUCACGUGAAUGCAGCCACCCAGGGUGGCAUCAGUGGUGGAAACAACACCGGACCAUCUUCCACGUCAUACGAGGCCACGAACUUGGGGCCCUUUGAUGCAUUCUACUUUCCCAUCCGCCGGGGCUACUGGAUCGAAGAAGCCACUGGAAAGGAGCCAGCGGAAGUGAUUGUGGUCUUCGAAGUCGGCAACUGGGAGGCUCUUGAAGCGAAAGACGGUUUCAGCUGUGCCAACCCUCUGGGAGCUCCCUGGGCAUAUGAGGCUACAGCCGGCGGCAUUGAGUGUCCAUCAACAGCGGAGUUGGUGCAACGUGACGGAAAACGCCACAAGAGCUUGCGUCGUCAUGACAAUUCUGAUACUCAAUCCUUGAUGCAGCAGCCCAAGCAAACUGAGAUCGAGAACUCUGAGUUGUGAGUUGCCAAGAGGCUUGACAUUUGAAGUUGAGUCGAGAGGUGUUCCAUUCACGUGUAGAGCAGUUCACGAUAGUUUUGGAUAGAUUGUUUGGAUUGGAGCUUAUAAUCGUGUCGAUUGUGUUCUCCAGACCUCAGUCCUCAGAACACAUUUCCAAAAACACGAAUACUCCCUGCACAUUUUGCCAAAAGAGCUGGCAUUUCUUUGCCAAUGUGCAGGAGUGUUUUGGUUUGCGAUGUUGAUAUCAGCUAUCUUCAGCUUAAUAGCUGAGCCGCUGAAAUGCAUCUACACCGCUAGAAUGGUUCACAAA